CAUCUUUCCACAAUACAUUUUCCUGAACUCCGCAGGCUCUUUAGAUAAAAUGUUCCAAGAUAAAAUCUAUAAUUAAACCUUAAUGUAAACGGGCAAUUUAUUUUCCUGUAAAUUAAUUGGGAAUCAAUAACACCAGUUAAUUACAGGAAUUGGACAACUGCAAUGUUCUUGUUUUUAUAUAAGGUAUCACAGGCUACUAUCAUUUAUUACAAGUACCACAUGAACAGACUGUUGCCUCAUGGCCUUUGUGUGAUUUUCAUGCAUAUCCACUAGAAGGCUCUCUUGCGCCAUGUGUUUGCGGAGCGUAAUACUCGAGCCACAGCGAAGGACUGCGGUCAAGCUAUUCAACUCUAUGCAAGGCUUCGUAGAGAAGUGGCAAGGGGUAGACACAGAAGCAUCAUUGGAUAAGAGCGCAGCAUUUGGUGGCAACCGCAAAUUGCGCCCUGAGAAAACACCCCUUUUGGUCAGCGUUUACCCUCAACUCUUGGGUAAACAAAGCAUUUUUUAUGGUGAUAAUAUAUUUGACUAGCUUCAGAUGUUUGUCCGCUCUUCACCUGCAGGGGCUGAAAGGACCCAUGGGCUGGAGCUCCUAAGUCACUGCUAGCCCACCUCUGCUCUGAGAGAACACAGCACAGUGACUUCAUACACCGCCUGGGGAGUCCAACCAUCACAUCCUCACAGCAUUGGAUGCAGCUGGGUCAAAAACAGAGGAAGAAGAAGAAGAAGAAGAGAAUGGCUGUCUGUAGUGUUGUGAUGAUGAGGGGAUAACGGCCCAGAGCACUGAGGGCCCCGAGGCGGACGAGAACAGUUGAAUCAGCAGGCCAGGGGAGGCAGGCGGUGGGCAUCCACCGCCCAGGGACCAGGAGCCACAAUUUCUCGGGUGGUGUUGCCGGCACGGAGGAGGGGCGCCGUGCGGAGGCUGGAGGCUCUAUGGAUGAUGACCAGCCUGUUUCGCCGCCACGGCAGCGGUAACCAUGGUGAUGUGAUGGCACACGGGGACAGCCCGGUCCCGGAGGAACUCAACAACAGUCGUCCUGGCGGGGGUGGGCGCACGGUGCGGCGUUUGGAGUUCAACCAGGCCAUGGAGGACUUCAGAACCAUGUUCCCCAGCAUGGAGCAGGAGGUGAUCGAGUGUGUGUUGCGGGCCAACCAUGGAGCCGUGGACUCCACCAUCGACCAGCUGCUCCAGUUGAGUCUGGAUGGGCACGGCUCGGAGGACAGCUCCGAUUCAGAGGACAGCAUCCCCCCUGAGAUCCUGGAGCGGACUUUGGAGCCAGACAGCUCUGAUGAGGAGCCCCCACCUAUCUAUUCCCCGCCUUCCUAUGACAUGCACAUCUACGACAGGAAGUAUCCAGGCGAGAUCCUGUCCACAACCUCUCCACCACCCAGCUUUGAUGCCAGUCAACCCCCUCCCUGCCAGGCUCUUACCGAUCCACCCCCCUCCGUCAGUCAGCAGCAAGCUGGCAGAUACAGGAACUGGAACCCACCGUUACUAGGCAACCUCCCUGAUGACUUCCUGCGGAUUCUCCCUCAGCAGCUGGAUAGUCUGCCACGCUCUCACAGCAGCUUGACCCAGAGUAGUCUGACCCAGCCCUCGUCCCCCUCCUCUUCCUCCGCGUCGUCCAUGACGCAGCAUGUCGAGCCAGGGGCUGGUGCGGUGGCCGGGGCCAGGACAGGCCAGGUUGGCAUGGAGACAGACCAGGAGAAGAAACUGAAGCAGUACUUGGAGGAUGAGCGCAUCGCCCUCUUCCUGCAGAACGAGGAGUUUAUGAGAGAACUGCAACGCAAUCGCGACUUCCUCAUCGCCCUUGAAAGAGAUCGGAUGCAGUAUGAGUCAAAGGCAUCCAAGUCCAAUCAUUCACCAGCUUUCAUGGGGAUGUCCACUCCAGGAGAUAAUUGUGCCUCAGACUCUGGUGUGGCCUGCUCCAAUGUUACUGACGAUGCCUUGUUCCGUGACAAACUCAAGCACAUGGGAAAAUCUACAAGGAAGAAGCUUUUCGAAAUAGCUAGAGCAUUUUCUGAAAAGACCCGAAGAAGAAAAGCCAAAAGGAGAACCCUCCUUAAACAUCACCUACUGGCUAAUGCUGCCUCUACUGCCAACCUUUUGGAUGAUGAAGAAGCUGCACAUCUGACUGAGGAGAAGUUCAAGAGACCAGUCCCUCAGGAAGAGGAGGUGCCCCAGCAGGAAGUGUUGUCAUGAUGUCACAAAAACUGUUUGUCUUUCACAAUGGAAAACAAUACGGCUCCCACCCACCUAGACCGGAACCAGCCCAUCCCAAGUCACAUGGAAUAUUGCUUUGUUCAGAUGCUGAAAAAUGUAAAUGUGUUCUCAGUCAAUUUACCCGGUGUAAUAUUUCUUUUUAUGGGAAAAUAAGUACAUGCCCUAGCUCACCACAAAGAUGGAAAAACAGCUUGCAUGCUUGUUGUCCCCAUUGACUGCCAAUAACUGCUCGUUAGCAGUUGCAAAACAGUAAACUCCUUCAAACUGCAUGCAGUCACACAAAAUUGGUAUC